CUCCUCUUUCUCUUCAGUCCGUUCCCCCUCCUCUCCCAGCCGCUCCGCAGGUUCAAACUCUUCUCCCGGAGAGUGGCGGCGAUCGCGCGGUCACGUGAUGAGCAUCCUGCUGCCCAACAUGGCGGAGUUCGACACCAUCUCGGAAUUGGAGGAAGAAGAGGAGGCAGCAACAUCGUCCUCGUCUCCGUCCUCGUCUCCGUCGUCGUCGUCGUCGUCGUCGGUAUCUGGGCCCGAUGAGGAUGAGGAGGAGGAGGAAGAGGAGGAUGAAGAGGAGGAGGACGAAGAAGAAGAGGAGGAGGAGGUGCCGCCCCCGCCUCGGGUAGUGAGCGAGGAGCAUCUGCGGAGAUAUGCCCCAGACCCGGUGUUGGUGCGCGGCGCCGGCCACAUCACUGUGUUUGGAUUGAGCAACAAGUUUGAUACAGAAUUUCCAUCAGUUCUGACAGGGAAGGUGGCACCAGAAGAAUUUAAGACCAGCAUUGGCCGUGUGAACUCAUGCUUGAAAAAGGCUCUCCCUGUCAAUGUGAAAUGGCUGCUGUGUGGAUGUCUCUGCUGCUGCUGUACCCUGGGGUGCAGCCUGUGGCCCGUUAUUUGUCUCAACAAAAGAACCAGAAGAUCGAUUCAGAAGUUACUAGAAUGGGAAAAUAAUAGAUUGUACCACAAGCUUGCUCUGCACUGGAAGUUGACUAAAAGGAAAUGUGAAACUAGCAAUAUGAUGGAGUAUGUAAUACUAAUAGAAUUCUUACCAAAAUACCCCAUAUUCCGACCCGACUGAGGAGUUUUAUUCAGUCACUUCUGUGUUAUCUGUCAUUUCCUACCCUUAGUGCCUUGUAGAUGAUCUUGGAAUGGAGACAGUCUCUUUCGCUGUGUUCAAUUUAUUCUUUACAACAGUAGACUAUUCUUCUCACUCUUUUAUUUGUGUUAAUUUAAGAAAAUUUGCACAUCUUUUUUGUUAUUAAAUGAGGCUUGUGUUUUGCACUCUCAAUUUUUAAAUAAAUGCAAACAUAUACCCGUAUUUAUCGUUAACACUAAAAACAUCAGUGCUGGUGUUUAAAGAAACAAAACAAAAACCUUGUUCUGAGCAUGCUGCCUUAUGAUUUUCAUACUCACUGUUUCUAAAUAUGCAUCAUUUUUCUAGGCUAUUUAAUGCUCUGUAAUCCCUUACUGAACACAUCCAAAUAAGCUUUUGGUAGCUUUUAGAAAUGGUUUUACUCUGCUCUUAAAGAAAAUGCAAUUAAUAGCACUGGUUUCCUCCUGCACUUUGCUAAAUUGUCACUUAUGUUAGUGGAUAAAAUAUUUAAACUCCUAAAGCCUUGUAAAUAUUGUCUCUUUGCAUAAUGUAAAAUGUGGUAUGCCAUGGUUUACAGAAUGUAUUAUUAUUAUCAAUGUAUUGCCAACAAUUCCACAUAGAUUUUAAUAUGAAUGAUGUUUGCAAGCACCCUUUUGAAUGUAGAGACCUUUAACAUGCUAUUUUGUGGCAAAGCCAAAAUGAGUAUGUUAAAUUUCAGGUGUGGGGCGGAGUGCCCUUCCUAAUAAGUGGAUUAAAAUUGAAAUCAUUACUUUAGAUCUUGGGCAUCCAACCUGAGACCAAGAACCUUUUUUUCCAUUUAAUUCACUGUUCUCCAUCUCUCCUCCACUCCAUCCCCAUCUUAUAGCCCUCAGGAGUUCUUAUUUCCUUUCCCUCGUGCAUCCUUUCCGUCCUUUGAAAAAUACACAAGAUUUCAGUCUUUAAAUGUCUUGAGAGCUGGGCACAUGCCAUUAAUCCCAGCACUCAGAAGACAGAGGCCAGGGAUUUCUUUGAGUUCGAGGCCAGACUGGUCUACAAUAUGAGUUCCAGACAGCCAGGGCUACACAGAGAAACCCUGUCUCUAAAAACAAACAAUCAAACAAGCAAGCAAACAAAAGUGUCUUGAGAUUUUUGCCUCUUCUGUGAGGUAUCAAGGCCUCCCUGAAAGCCAUGGUUUCCACUCUUCUGAAGUUCCUUUAUUCUCCAUCCUGAAAGAGCACAGAAGAGCUCUAGCUAUGGAAUAGGCUAGUCACAGUCGAGAAAACAGUCUCAGCCUUCUAAUUGAAGAUCUUCUUUUAAACACUUAUAAAUUAUUGAGGAAAGACAGGUAAAAUUUAGAUAAAAGUGUUUUCAUUUGUAAAUUGGCCACGUGUUUUGAUUGAUACAUGCAUCUUUCUCUGUUUUAUUUUUUUCAUAAUUAAAUUGAGUGAUAUUACUACUUUGGUUCUACUAUAAUUUGAAAUUGUAACAUAAUAAAUGGUUUUAUAUUACAUUAAUUCAACUGCAAGUGAAUGCCUGUAUAUGGGCAUUGUUUAUAAUUUGCAGUGACUGACAUAUAUUCUAUUCUUUUUGUCCUUCUAUUCUUAACUGCUUUUAAGUAAGCUCAUCUCCAUGAACAGAACAAUCUUAACAAGGUCAAGCCUUUUUAAGGCAUUUUUAAGAGUUAUGCCUAAUCUGAAAUCCUUAGUCCUUGACGGAAAGAAGAAGGACAUCCUGUUUGAUAUGUGGUUCUAAUGGUUUGCACAAAAACUUGUUGAGCCACCCAGACACCCCAGAUCUCUAAGUUCUAAUAUAUUAUCUAUGCCUGCAAAUAUGUCUGCCUGCUGCAAAAUUGAAGGUGUAUUUUUAUAGAUAAGAAGGAAGCCUUUGAAAAUGCAUACCCAAUGUCUUGCUUUAUAGCUAAGGUCAGGGAAAAACAUAUCUAUGUCUUAGGUUCCAGCUAAUGUCAUCAGAUCUAUGCUUCAUACUGUGAUGUUUUAAUACCAAAAUUGAUUUCCAUCAUAAUAUAGAAUUUUUAAUUCUCACUGGUAAAAUAAUUACUCGUGAAUGUCAACCCUCGGCAAUCUUACAUUUCGUCUGUAGCCUUAGAAUUUGACCAAAUAGUCAUCAUAGUAACUUUUUCUGCCAUGUACAAAUAACACUUCAUUUUGUUCAAAAAAGAUCAAGAAGUGUAAUGAAUUGUUUCCAUGAAACAAAUAUUAAGACAGGAAUAGAUUGUAUCUGGAAGUGACCAAGUAUAAUUCAAGUUACAAUAGUAUUUGUCAUUUAAAAAUAUUUAUCAGUAUAUGUCAAAUCAACUUGAACUACUCACUAAUAACUGUUAUUUUAUUGUUUAGUAUACUGACUGACAGAUCAUAGUUUCUUGAGAUACCCAGAAAGCAAUCCAUUUUUUCAUUUCUUUUCUUUCUUAUGUGACUGGUAGUUUGAGUGGGGAAGAAGUUCCUUAUUGAAAUUAGUCAUAGCAAACGCUAACCUGACAGAGUACACCGAGAUCACUAAUUCUCCCCAUUACCCCAAUCUUCUUUUCUUUUAACCUCAGAAUAGAAUAUAACUUUUAUUUUUCUAUUGGGUUAGCUAAGUAUGUUGUGAAAGUUAUUUUUGAAUGAAAAAGAGAAUAAUUUUGUUGAUAUAUAAUAUUCCUUUAUUACCAUGGUAGUUUCCAAAGGAAAAAACGUUUUUGAAAUAACAUGUUUUUGCCAAAGCUUCUAAAUCUCUGUAGGCUUUGAGAUUUCUAGUUAAAGGACUUUUUUUUCAUAUUCUGAAAAGCCUGGCGUGGUGGUUUACACCUCUAAUCCCAGCAUUUAUGGGACUAAAGCCAGAGAAUUGCUGUGAAUUUGAAGCCAGCCUGGGCUACAAGCUGUUUCAAGAAAAAAAGAAAAGAAAGUUAGUUUCUGUUACUUCUUGUUUGAUACAAAAUUAUGAUUUAAUAAAUUGAUCCAAUUGGUCAAUUUAAAGCUUAUCUAAAAGGCUAUUAGCAUCUAUAUUAUUAAUAAAAAUAAGGGCAAAUGUCACAUCUCAGACAUGUCCUCUACUCGUUUGCCAUUUUACCCCAUGUUAAUUUAGGAAAGAGAUUUGUUAUUGUAACUUUAGAAAUAGAUGGGAAAGUGCCUUGUCUUUUUUCAAAGAUGAUGUGGUAUGUAGAAGGAAGCAGAAUAAAUGAAUUAAUAUUAAUAAUUAAUAUUAAUGAUUCUUUUCAACUAGGCAUGAUAGCACUAGGUCAUUAUAUUUCUCUUAUUUAAAUCCAUUUAGUUAUCUUCUAAUCAUGUGGUAUAUUAAUGAUAAAAUAUCACAGAAUAGAUCAGGCACUUAAAAGUUAGUAUGAUUUUAAUGCUAGUAAGCAUAGAAUUUAACACGGUUCUGGAAGGACAAUGGUCUUUGAGGACCCUACCAAAACUCACUUGAGAAUUAAAUAUCCCUAUUUCUUCUAUUAACAUGACCUGUAAACACUAAUAUCUUCUAAAUAAGCUGUGUUCUUGCCCAGCAUUGCCAUUUUUAAUGAGAGUUAUUGAUGCCUUUGAUAACUAUAGGAAAGCUCAAUACAUUUGUAAACCUAACAACAAUUAGGUAUUUUCAAAUGUGUGCGACCUUUACAAAUCAUCAACACUUUCAUUUUUGCAUUCAGAUAAGCCACUUAAAAGUAAACCAUGACAUGAACACGAAGACCCCAAACAAUAUGUCAUUUGAAUUUUACUGUAUGUCCUAGGCAAGUACAGAAUUUAUACUCAUCUGAUUAAUUGGAAUAGCUUCAUAUAGUGGGAACACUUUUUCCUAAAUUGACUGGAAGUAUUCAGUGUAUUGAAUUUAAGUCCAAUUAUGCCUAUAGAAGUCUGCUUCUUUAAAAAAUAAAAAAAAGGUCUAUUUUACAACUAUCAAAUCAUACAGGUUCCCUUGAGUGGUGAACUGUUGGGAAAUUUUUCGUGGUAAAGACUAAGUUUAUUAAUACUUGCUCAUAUACUUUGUGAGCUAAAAAUAAUUAAAGGGUAUCCAUAAGUAUAUCCUUUCAUAUGUGAGUGUGUAUGUGUAUAUAUGUACAUAUAUAUAUAUAUAUGUGUGUGUGUGUGUGUGUGCAAUUCUUAUCUUGCUCCAGCUUUUCCUCUCACCUGAUUCUGAGCCAGCCUUUUUAUUUUGAUGAUGGCAGCCUGAGAAUACGUUCCAUUUUCUGUGAAUUUUGUUAAAGUCAGACUUAAUGAAGAAACAAUUUAUCUAAUAGUAUGGCCCCCAGGCAAGUGGUCCAAAUAUGUGUCAGUGUUUUCCUCUGUAAAAGUAGAGAGUUGAACCUUGAGCUGGACAGAAAAUGAGAGGUUAGCUACCAUUCUGUGGUUCUGAGAAGCCACACAGACCAUCUUUGCUGUGCAGUGUGGGAAUGGUUCUUCUCAGAUCUGCACUUGGUGGAAACUCAGUGCCUUGCACACAGUUUGAGUUCAGUUUGCUGGCUGGCUGCUAGUUGAUGUGUGUUAGUAAAAACACACUCAAAGAACACAUUGCCUGGCAGACCUUAUUCCCUCUGUGCUGAUAAAAGGGAAUGUAGUUUCCCUAGGAAGGGAGGGCUGGGAUCUCUGGUUUGCCAUGUGGAAUCUGACUGUGCAGUUGGUAUCAGGUGUGACAAUGGUAUCCGCUUAGACCGUGUGAAGAGCUGCAGACUCAAUAUCACAUCUGCUUCAGUGUCUCACCAAGUUCCCUACUCACCAAAAGAUCUAUCUGAAUGGACUUAGAAAAUUCCGGUGGAAAGGAAAAUGGCAUAGAGUUCAAACCCAAGUCACUUCUGGUUUAAUUCUUAGCUCUGCUGCUUAAUUCCUCUGUACCUCAUGUCCUCAUUGCUGAAGUGGGGACAAUAAUCUGGACCUACCUCACAGGGGAAUUGAGGAUCUUUUUCAUGUGUCUGUAUGCUUAGACGCUGACUAAAAGAAAUAUUGAAUAGCAUGAUUAUAUAAUUUCUACGUAGAUGUGACUUUCAAUCUGUGUUAUGUUUUCUUUCUCAGUAACAUCCUACAGUGUUAUGACUUAUUUUUUUCCAAGUCAUUUUUGUUGCUAAUGUCCUAUUUGUUAAACAUGAGUGAUUGUACUAUAUUAAUACUUGAUUUAGGGAGAAAAGCAGGUAGGUAGAAACUAGUGGCCCUCGGGUUAGAGUAGAUAAAAGUAGCAGUGCAAAGUAGCCUUGAGCCUUGCUCAGGAGAUAUUAUUCACAUAACACUGAAGGGCACACACUGACCUAUCACAUGCCUUCUACACCAGCCAAACGAGUCAUGGAAGCACCAUGCAUUUUGCUCAUGUACUUUCCUGUUCUGUUUACUGACAUUGCUUACCAACACUGAUUAAAAAGCUGUGAAUGGAAGUGUGCUUGUAGUUAAUGGAAAUGAGAAAGCUGUCCUUAAGUGUACUGUAAUAUAUACUUGAAAUUGGGGAAGGAAUUUAGAGAUCCAUAUAAUGAAAAUGUUGGGAGCCACUUUUUAAAAGAACUAAAAUUAUUUGGCCUCUCAACAUAUUGCUUCCUAGUCCUGAAAGAAGAGAGAGAGAGACAGAGACAGAGAGACAGAGAGAGACAGAGACAGAGAGAGAGAGAGACAGAGAGACAGAGAGGGAGAGAGACAGACAGAGACAGAGAGACAGAGACAGAGAAAGAGACAGAAAGACAGAGAAUUGACUAGUUUAACCUAUAAAUUCAGAUUAUAAUUUGCCUUCAGUUUUGGUUUGUCUCGGGAGCCUGGAACUGAACUGAUUCCAUGGGGUGUGUCCAUGUCCACACACAGAAUUGCAAAUGUACAAAGUGUUCUGAUGUCAUGUUAUAGCAUUAGUCUAAGUAAUAAUUUCUCAGCGUCUGGAAGUAGUUCUGUGUGUAAAGCCUGUAUGAUAACCAAGGCAAUAAGUUCUCAAAUGGUCCUUUUACUCCUGCUUAUUUGAUUUGCUUUUAUCUUGGCGUAGUUUUCCUGCUUUUCUGUUUCUAUUGUAAGCAAAUAGCUGAAAAUUGUUCUAAUGCCUGGACUUUGGAACAAGUUACAAAUGUUUGAAAUUAUAUAAUCUACAAGCUAGUUUGCUGUCCUUGGACUAAUUACAUACAAGUAUGAAUCUCUACUGCAAGGACAUUCAGAGCUGGCAUUGUUCAAACAAUCUGAUUGAAAAAUGAAACAACUUCUCCAUUUUGGCAGAGGAUUCCUGUUGGGACAGCUUUACCAGAAGAGAAUAAUAGUGGCUAUGUCUGUCGAACCAAGAACUUUCAUGCAUCUUGUAGUGUUCUGUAGCCUGUGGAAUGAGUUCCUCUUCCCCCUUGAGUCCAGGACUGACUUUCCUGGCAGAACUCAACCUAUAUACAGCUGUGCCAAAUGAAGGCUACCUGCCUCCAAGACUCCCACUGCUGCUUCUGUUGUUGUUCACGUGUCAGAUACAAUUUUAUUCUCAGGAUGCAAAUUCCAAUAAAGUACAAAUCUAUGUUA